GGCGUGUAUAACGAACGCAUCAUGCGUGAGGCCAUGGACGAUUUCAUUUCCGAAUCGAUCCCUUCCCUUUCGGUCGCCACCUCUAGAUUACCUCGCCUCAGCUGUCACCGACGGCGACGCGUUUCUUCGCGCAGCGCGCUGCGCCUUUAAAAACUCCCGGAGCCGGCCAGAGACCACGAGACAGAGCAGGCACAGAGUUCAUUCACCGCCGGCUCCUUCAUAGUUCAUUCCCGAGGCAGAGAUUUUUUUUGGGGGGUGAAGCACCGCGCAACUCCUUCUCAGUUCUCAGCGGCAGACAUGCAGCGGAACAACUCGUUCGGGACGUCGUGGGCGGACCAGUGGGACUACGGCGGCGACCCGAGCCCGAGGGCGCCGCGCGACGGCGGCGUGGGGGAGAAGACCAAGGCGGCCGCGGCCACCGGCAUGAGGAAGGUGAAAGAGGGCACGUCGCAGGGGUUCCAGUGGAUCAAGGACAAGUGCCAGCGGAAGAACGGCGGCGGCAACAAGAAGCAGCAGGGCUCCGAGGUCCCUGGGUACUGACCCCUCCUGUCCUCGUCACGUCAGUGCUGUUGCUUGGCAGACAGCAGAAUUUUCUAAAUUUUUUCUCGGUUCUUGCUGUUGGUACGAAUAGUAUACUGCGUAUAGGUUGUGAUCUGAUCUCGGUGCUGGUUGCAGUUGUAGAGUAGUUUCAUCGUACCUGAUAUGUCUCCUUGAUACUGAAUUGGUCACUUCGAUAUAUAUAAAAGGAUAUUUAUAAACUUGUAUGUUCCUGCUCGUA